AUGCAAAAUAGCAAAGACUGUCCAGACGGCUCUAUCGAGAAACCGCGGCCGAACGCGGAACAGCCGGCCGAGGAACAUGUCCCGCGGUCGGCCAAAUCCGAACAUCGUCCGUCUGCCAAAGUCCACGGCCGAGCCCACGUACCGACCCGGGAAGCAUCGUCCCGCGGUCGGCCAAACCAGAAUCACACGCCCGAAGCCGCGCACGACCGUACCGCGCGAACCGGGAAGGCAACGCCUCGCGGCCGCGCGGCACAACUCAUGUACCGCGGCCGAUCCGACCAGGAAGGCCUCGUCCCACGUCCGGCCGAAAACCUCGGCCAAUCUAUCCACCCGUCCGACCCGACGAACGAACGCGAAAACUCUCGGCCACGAUCGACCGACCGUGCCGAUAGCCACACGAUCGACAGCCGGCCGAACGUCCCGACCGACCGUCCGAACGGUCCGGUCGACCCGAAGCCGUUUUUGAAGCCCGUUUCACAAUUUCAAGCCCAAAGCCGGCGCCGACUUAGCUAG